AUGGCCUCCUCCUCCGCCUGCACCGCGCUCCUCACCGAGCACCUCCGCUGCACGCCCCUCACCAUCAUCGACGACAUCAUCAACACCACCAACGAGCUCCUCUACCACUCCGUCGCCGCCGUCGAGACCUACCUCCUCACCUCCGCGCCCUCCAGCCUCGGCUUCGCCCCCCCGCCCGGCACAAUCCGCGACACAAACAGCGAUGGCACCGAGCUCUACAGCGACGCCGAGACCGAGGAGCUCGAGAAGGGCGUCCACUCCCUCGAGACCCUCCUCGAGAGCGCCGUCGAUAGGAGCUUCGACAGGUUCGAGAUCUAUGUGCUGCGCAACAUCCUCACGGUCCCGGAGGACCUGGUGCCGUGGGUGAGGCUGGCGCAUCACAAGAACCUAGAAUUCAAGACCCUUCCAGCGUCCACCACCCCCGCCCCCGCACCCGAGCAGGACAGCGCCGCGCCAAAGCCCGCCCCCCCCGCGCAAGAAGCGCAGACGCGCCUGCGCACGCUCCGGCAGACGCUGCUCGCAUCGCACGCGCUCAACCAGACGCUGCGCAAGGAGGUAGCGGCCAACGAGCAGACGCUCGCGCAGCUGCGGCAGCUCGUGUCUGCGUCGAGCGGCGAGAACCCGUUCGCGUUCCUCACGCCCACGAAGGACGCGGCGGCGUUUGCCGUCUCGCAGGUCGACCUGAUACGGCAGCUGGCGGGCGCGCUGCGGCCGAAGUAUGAGGCGUUCCGGGCGCAGGCGCAGGCGUCGAAGAUGGAGGUGGAGGGUGAGGAGGGGGGCGUGGUGGGGGUGACGCUGACGCCGGAGGAGGAGAGGAAGCGCUAUAUUGAGCAGAUGACGAGGAGGCAUAUCGAGGCUUCGCGGGGCCUGCGGCUGAAUGCGAGGGGGGAGGUGGUGGGGGGUGAGUUUGAUGGGGUGGUGGUGAGGAAGGGGUUGGCGGAGGUGGAGGCGUUGGAGGCGGUGUUGGGGAAGGAGUAG